CGUCGCUUCGUGUUUCAGGUCUCCACGCUCUUCGUCAGUCGCCUUCACCCAUCCUCCCUCUCAGCUUAAGCUUUUGAGGGUGCUAGGCGGAUUGCAACGGUACAUGUUCCUGAAGCGUCCAUUUGCCUCGACGCACAGCGCUGCCCCAAUGGCCGGUUAUCCGCCUCUGAUACUCGACGGAUCCCUGAUUUGAAUUCAUGACCCCUACUUCGCUUUGACCUCCUGGAAUCACGCUCGUCGACUGCACCCGCGACGACAACGCCGUCUCCUCGCAGACGACGACACGCACGGCUUUGAGAGUCUGCACCGCGAAGCGUCUCUUCCUGGCCGACUUGCACCAUCAUGUCGCUGAACGGCCUGGACAAUGUCGAGGUAACACAGGCGUACCAGGGUGCGCUCGCCGAGGCUGGUGGUUGGUUCCUGCUCAGGUACACGUCAAGGGAUGCCGUUCAAGUCCUGACACGGGGAACUGGGGGAGCCGGUGAGGCGCGCGCUGCCGUCGCCCAGUACGAGGAAAAGUCUCCGCUGUACGGGCUCCUGCUGUACCGUCGGCGCAAGGUCCUGGUCAAAUACGUGCCUGAGGGGACAUCGCGACUACUGCAGGCCCGCGUUAGUGUCCACUUCAUCAACAUCACCGAGAAGUUUGCGCCCCACGACAUCGUCCUGUCCAUUUCCACGCCAGAAGAGCUCAGCGAUGCCGCCCUUACCGCCGCCUGCAGUCUGCACACUGCCGCCCCAUCGAGCUCCUCGUCUAGCGGAUCGUCGCGACAGCAGAAGCUCAGCUGGAUACAAGAGGCCGCAGAGGAGGGAAACCAGCCCGACGGAGAAGGCAAUGCAGCACGACCGGGCACAGCAAAGUCCAACAUCCCCACCAUUCUGGAGCCUGCCACGGGCAGCGAAGACGAGCCUAUUAGAAGCGGAUCAGUUGCGUCGCAAGCAGAGACGGUCCCGUUGAUGUUGGAAGAGAAGGCUGUCGAGCACAAGUUGUCACCACAGAUCUCGCACGUCACCAUGGAGACGGUAACCGAAGGGCCGACGACGCCCGACGACACUGAUCUAUCCGACCUCCAGGACACGCUCAAGAGCUAUGAUUCGCUCUUUGAGAACGGACCAGAACCGCGAGGCUCAUCACAAACCACCAGGCCAAACUACGACGAGCUUUAUCAGCACUACUAUGAGCAGUACACCAAGCCCAAGGUCAAACUCGGACCACGACCGCGACCAUCGCUCGAAGGCCGAAGACCAUCUACCUCUGGCAGCGCACCGUCAGAUCUGGCAAGGCCUGUUUCGUCGCUUCCCGCAGGCUUGCGCUCUGCAACACGAAAGACUGCUAAUAAGAAAGAGUCCAAGACAAACUCCUCUAGCACCCUCCCCACCAUUGCUAUUCCUCCACAACAUGACGUCCCUCCGAUGCCUGACAUGCCACUGUCUCCUGCUUCGUCCAUGUACUCAACGAGAGCCCCAGCCAGCACCAAGUCCAUGCCCGUGUCCGCGUACAAGAGUCACCUUCGGUCUGGAGGAACGACACAGGAAAGGACAAGGCUUAUGAAGGCUGUCGAGAUGCGCAAGAAACAACAACAGGCUCAACAGCUAAAGAAAGAAAAGGCCGCCGAAGCUGCUGCGUUGGAACCUGAAGCGCAGGCUGAGGACACCGAAGUUGUGACUGAAGCUGGUGACGAGAACCCGGCAAAAUCUGCCGUUCCUGCGACUGAGUCUGAGGAGAGCACUCCCACGGUACAGACAGAUGACGAACCCGAAGCCGACAAAGAGACACUGCUUGGUGAUGAUCUGCCUUCAAACCGUCCAAGCAACUCCGGCAUGGCGUUUGCGGAUGGUCAGAACGAGACAGACGACUUGAACUCCACUGCUUCGGUGUCGUCACCAAUAUCUGCACAAACUCAUGGUUCUUCUGGCGCACCUUCAACACGACCAUCAUCCAUCUCAGAAGACGAGGCAGGUAUGGAAGAGUCGCAAAAGUCCGAGGAAAACGAAGAAUCACACAGUCCGGAUUCCUUGGAUGAAGAGCAAUCGAUCGACAGCGCACCGACUGUAGUCCCUGAGAGUACUACUCCUGUACCAUCUGCAGAACUCCACCCUGAGCAUACACAAGCCCCGGUCAUCACCGAACGAGCACCGUCUUUUGAUGAGGAUGGAAGUAAAAGAGAUACCCUGCGGCCAAGUGAGAACGAUGCUCCAUCGCAGCACCGCUCGAAUCGGGAGUCCACAAUUUACAUGCCUUCGAGCGAAGCGUUCGAGCAAGACGAUGGCCAGGUCAAGAAGCGAAACAGGGAGUCCAUGCUUAUGCCCUCAUCCCAGCACCAGAGUUGGUACGAAACCAAGGGAAAGCGACGUGCAGUAUUGGAUCCACUGCAAGUCAGCGCCGACAAUUCCGAGACCGAGUACCUCUCGGACGACUCCUUCAUGGAAGAGCUCCAAAGCGCUACAGUACACCAAGCCAAACCCAUGUCGGUGUCCAAGUCUCCGAUUACGCCCUUCUUCCCGCGCAAGUCCUCUGCAACAGACCUGUCAACACCUCCCAGAUCAGCCUCUUCGAAUUACCACGGUAUCAGUCGCUUAUCACCUGGAGAGAGCACCCGUAAGGUUUCAGGCGGUUGGCCUCCUGCGCCAAAAUCCGACACGAGCGCGCGUACGAAGAUCAACGUUUCCUCUGGCAUCUCGCAAAGAAUCAAAGCGCUUGCAGACAAGACUAACAGAGAGUCGGCUUCACAAGUAAGCCUUGCUAGCUCUGCUUUGAGCACAAAGAGCUCUACCCUCGCCCAGCGUAAAUCCUCAUUCUUUGCAACAACACCUGUCGAGACCUCACCCAACGGGAGGUCUAGCACGCGUCUUGGAAGUCCUGCGUUCUUGAGUUCAUCUGCUUCAACGACGCCUGACAAAAAGAAACAAUCGGCUCCGAUCAAGUCGACAGUAUACAACGUACAGCGAGGAGCCGAAAAGCCAGAGUCUGUGCAGGUCACUGCCCGCAUCGUCCGGGAUGAGCGAACCAUGAAGCCAACACUUGCGAUGCCAACUGAGGGCAUGCCCCUUGAUCUCCACCAAAGCCCACUCAUCAUCGACCACCAAAAGGCAACCAUCACCCCCAAGAGCCCUACUCGUGGAAGACCUGAGCCUGCAUCUCCUCCGCCCUCUUCGUCACACUCACGCGAGCCUAGCAAUGCGCCCUCACGUGCAUCGUCAGAGAGUACAUGGAGGAGCUUCGGUCGCCGCAUGAGCGAGUCCAAGUCGGUACACAGCCAUGAUGGCGAAGACAAAAAGGAUGACAAGAAAGAGAAGAAAGACAAGAAGGAUUCUCGCACCAGCAAGAUGUUCAAACGCAUGUCUUCUUCGAUGGCUGCCAUGUCCUUCAAGAACUCGAGCAGCAACUUGACACUUCCCGAGAACGACAUGCGCUCUACUUCUUUGGCAUCACUGCGGGAGCCGCCGCCACCUGUGCAUGUUGGCGAUCUGAACAUCCAAUUCCCGGACACUCUGCUCUGGAAACGCCGAUGGGUCGAGAUUGAUGCCCUAGGUAACCUCGUGCUCAGUCCUUCGAAACACAAUGAGAAGGGCAUUGUGAAGCGCUUUCACCUCAGCGACUUCCGCACGCCAUACCCACCUGAUCAGGAUCGACAAGAACUUCCCAAUAGUGUAGUCCUCGACUUCAUGGACGGACGAACCUUGCAGUGCGCAUGCGAGACAUACAUGGCGCAAGCUCAGGUUCUACAAAUCCUCCGGGAGGCACAUGAUGCCUGGCUUGCGUACAACCAAGCGCUGUAAUCGGUCGCUAUCACGUCAAUCUCCAACCCUAGGCCUCGACGGCAUCAACACUCUCCUUUCCCUCUCUCGAAUUUUCUUUGUUACGACGUACGACUACAGCAUCAGGCAUCACCUUUCCCUUGUUGUGUUGGAUACAAAAUGGUUUUAAACUGGGGUUGUAUCUCUCUCCUUGCAUCCUUUCGAUUAAAUUUUGUCUAGUUUGCCCAUUUUCCUUUCAUACCCAUCGUGUUUGGGGAGGCCAUCUGGCAGGCUUGGAGCUCUUUCAUUCUCUUCUUCAUGUAACACACAUGGUUGAUGUGUAUAAUAUCUAAUGCUGCACUGGAGGCAGCUCAGUUUUGCUGUUUCUGGAGUGUGGACGGAUUGCAAUGAAAGGCGGACUGCAAGAUAUAGAGAUCAGUAACACAAUUGGACUACGUGCCUGUUAUUGGACUGUGUGCCUG